AUGUAUAUACAGUUGGUAAUACAUGUUCUAUAACAAUUCUCCGCAUGCACAGUUUCUUUUUUCCGCUAGUAUAAGUUGCAUUGAGACCAAAGAAGUAGAGUUAAGUCAACUGUGCAAAAAGCUGCUUUUAAAUAGCUUCACUGAAUGUACAUACGUCAUAACUUUGGCCGGGUAGACAGAGAUGGCCAGGUUUGUCUACCUGUAAACACCUGCAAGCCUCGACUGGAAGAGACGACAAGCCUACAUCAUUACAGAAUGAACGCUGAAAAUUCAGAGGAAGCUGAAGACUAAAGGAUGAUCAUUGUAUCACGAGAGGUCAGUAACAUUCAUAGACUGGGAGGCCCCGAUUACUUGUGUAGUAACAUACAUAUGAAAUAACGAUAUUUUGAAAUUAUUCAGAAAUUACCAGAACAAAUGGCAGAAAAUGCGAUUUCGUUCUAUAAAGGACAGAUAGCUGUUCGCGGGAAGAGUCAAACUACAUGUGUAUAUCACAAAAGCGAAACUUUGGACUUGUUUUGUGAGACUUGUAAUGACGUCAUCUGUGCCAAGUGUGUGUCCACUUCACACAAAGAUCAUGACACUACCCUACUACGCGAAGUUACUCCAGCCAACAAACGUAAGAUCAAAACAUUUAUAAAUGAAACGGAGCAGAAGAAGCUGAUUGAAAUUCAACAGGAAAUCAAUUCUACACAGGACAGUCUGGAUAAACACUUGAACGAUUCUGAGAGUGUUGCAGAAGAGGUAAGCACGCAAGGAGUGACACGUAGGGCCCUCACCAGUUACAAGACUGAACUCGGGAAAACACUUGCAAACCUUAAAGAGCAACUAAAGCAAUGUAAGAAAACUCUACAGACUGGCACGGAUAUCCAGGUGUUUGACCUGGAAAAAGAACUUCAGACCACUAACACCUGCCUUGACAAAACAUAUGCAGGUUCUGCCUUAUUCGUCCCAUACAACAGAAGAAAUGAAAUCCUGGGUGCUGCAUUUGAAAAAGUAACCACCCCACCAUCUGGACACAUGAAGAUUCUAUCAGAAUGGAACUAUCAGGGUAACAUAACACCCAUAUGUCCCAAAAGUGGCGGUAGUGUGUGGAUAAAUAACAUCUGCAAAGUAACCCACCUUAACAGCCAAGGAACUAUGGAGCAGCAGAUGCACACGUUUGGCUUGGCCAGAGAUAUCUCUGUAUCCCCCUCUACACACAAUCUAUGGAUAUGUUGUGAUUAUGAUAAAAAUAUUACGGAGCUGAUACAUGCAUCAGGUGUACUGAACCAUGUAUUCAGCACAAAGGAUGAACCCCGAUGUCUGUGUGUUAGAAAGGAUGAACAUAUCCUUGUGGGAACAAAACACAAAAUCACCGAGUACACUCUAGGAGGGGAGCCCGUUAUCACUACCAAAACAUCAUUUUUCAGAAAACCAAUAGUGUGUUCACCACAGAGGAUAUCACAAUGCCCAAUCAACUACAAUGUCGCUGUAGUUGAUAGAGAUCAGAAAGGAGAUGGUGGUAAGGACAAACCUGUAGUCAUUGUGUUGGACAGACAGCUUAAGCAAUUAUACAGGUAUGGAGAAUCACAACACAACAGUGGCACUGAUUUGUGGAGUUUUGAUCCCUAUGAUGUAACGUACGACAGUUUAGGACACCUGGUGAUUGCGGACUAUACAAACAAACACCUCCAUCUGCUGAGUGGUGAUGGACAAUACCUGCGACUGCUGCAUACCGACAUAGACAGUCCCCGGGCUGUAUGUGUUGAUACGGAAGGAGUUCUUUGGGCCGUUUUGGAAGCAGUCUACAAUAACGGAAAUGUGAAACGUCUACAGUUCACAAAUGCUUAAGUCUCUUUUCUGAAGUAAAUAGACUUAGCAUUACUUUGACAGAUGACAGACCACACAUUUCGUAUAAAAUGAAUACUGCUGCACACUGACAUAGAAAGUCCCCGGGUUGUAUGUGUUGACACGGAGGGAGCUCUGUGGCCAUUGAUUGGUUAAUUCGGCUCUGAUCAAAAGGUGAAACGUGUAUAGUGCACUAUGUUUAAAUUAAACUCUAUAUUUUAUCACAUUUUAAUGCAUAGUACAUAUGUCAAACAGCACAAAGACUUUGAUACAAUACACAAGUGUCACAUAAAGUAAUCACUUCUUGUAUAUUGAAAGGAAGGAGUAAAAAGUAUUCUGCAAAUACUGCCCAUAAUAAUGUGAUCAUUCAAAUUAACAUUUCCCAACCAAAGUUUAUCAAAAAUAUCGUUCGUUAAUAUAUUUUUAGAAUUUACAAAUAACAACAUUCUAUGACCUUACCUUUUCAAUAAAAGACAUAUAAAUUAUAUUGAAUAUAUUGGUAAUGAUGUAUACCGAUGAUAUAACUCCUUAAGAUAUCCAAACUUCCUAGUUUAUAAUAUGUCAUAUUUGAGAAAAUUUUAAAUGAUUGGAUGAAUUCAUUAUAAUCACAUGGCAUUAUUCUCUGUUUUCUAUGAAUUCCAUCAGUUAUAAAGUAUAAUUCAAAUAAUUUAAAUCCUCUAUUAAUAUCGUUGUAUAGCUCAAAUCCUGAAAUACAGGUGAACUUAUGUCAUGUUAUGUUUGCACUGUCGCGGCGACUGUCGUCUAAAACUGUUCUUUGAAACAAUUUCUUCUAAAGAACAGAAAGGCUUUGGGUCAGGACAUUUCACUCGAAGUUCCCUGGGAUAAGCUAAGUUUGAGAAUAAAAAUGACUUCGACUUAUUUGAAAGAUCACAGGGUUAUUAAAUUCAUACGAAUUCUUCUGAAGAACAGAACGUGCAUGAUUCAAGAUAUUAUAAAUGAACCUUCCUUGGAAUGAGCACAACAAUGUCGCAAAUAAACAUCACCUUGACUUUCAAUGUCACAGGGUGAAAUAUGUCGAAGCUUCAAACACCUUCCUCUGAAGAUGUUAAAGGUCCAGAGUCAUCUUAUUAGCUUGUAGUUUUCGAAUAUAUAGCACUAUUUCUUUUGUGAAUUAUAGUGAUGUUGAUAUAUAUUUAAAGAUACUGGGGUAAAGUUGUUUGAAUGAAUUUAUUUCCAUGCCCCACUUUCAAGAAGACAAAGUUCAGAUGUGUUGAAUACCUUACAAUAAGCUCGUCUGAAUUACCAACUAAGCCUCGGUAUGGUGUAUUUGGCCAGAAGCAUACUGGGAUGAAGGGCUACCAGGUUAGUUCAAGUGAAUUAGUAGACCUAAUUCUUUUUAAAUUAAAUGAUAUUGUUAUGUUAAAAUCUAUAAAUCGGUUCUUUGAAUAACCAAGAAACAUAGGUAAUGAUAUUUGUACAUAGCUUAAUUAAGUCCGUUACAUAUAUUUGACCUUGGCCCACUUUUGAGGUUUAAGUAUGAGAUAAAUGCCAGUUGAGAUAUAAAGACAAAUUGAGUGAAUGCCAGAAAAUUAGCCAAGAUAUAGAACGGUUUUUAAUUUUUCGAAUGAAAACUAUUUUAAAACUAUUAUAUUCAAUCUGUAAACAUUAAGUUUUUUUAAUUGUAAAUAUUUUCAUAUAAAAUAAUUUACUACGAAUCACUAUUAAUGCUGUGUUUCAUAAAUAAAUAUUUGAAGUCCUAUUAGGUCUUAAUAUUUUCUUUCUUUAUGAUACAAGUAUAUUAUUAUGUCAGGAAGGGGAUACUCAUCGCUACUGGUACAACGAAGAACUUUUAGGGUCAUGUGCAAUUUUUGUCUCGCCGCAACGAAGUGCAAUCGAGACAUAGGUGUUGCUUUUCCGGCGACGGCGGCGACGGCGUCAACAUUCAGUUUUUGUGUUUAAGUUAGUUUCUCUAAAAGUAUAAGUGCGUGCUACACCAACCAAAAUUGCACCAUACAUGCAUCUUAGGUCGUACAUCUCAACCUAUGCAUCAGAUGCUGGAUACAGCAUACUUUUCAUGGAUCAUUGACUUUGUCAACACUCUAUCAACAUUAAGUUUUUGCGUUUAAGUUAGAUUCUCUGAAAGUAUAAGUGCGACACCAACCAAACGUGGACCGUACAUAUAUCUUAGGCAUUACAUCUCAACCCAUGCGUCAAAUGCUAGAUGCGUCAUACCUUUCAUGGUCCAUUGACUUUGUCAGCAUCUCCAUCAACAUUAAGUGUUUGCGUUUAAGUUAGUUUCAUAAGUGCUACAUCAACCAAACGUGGACCGUAGAUGCAUCUUAGGUAGUACAUCUCAACCCAAGCAUCAACUGCUGGAUGCGGCAUACCUUUCAUGGUCCUUUGACUUUGU